AUGGCGCAGAAGAACAUGGAGCCUGCCGAGGUGCAGAUGGAGUUGCAUGCGAGUGAGAUGGGGGAAGAGGGGGGAGGGACCAAGGAUCACAAGGGCCAGUCAAGCGCGGCGGAGGGCAUGCACGGCUCGGGGAAUGCGGAUGCACAGAGACGUUACGCUCCGCGCCCCGGGAGCUUCGUCCCGCCUCAUGUGCUGCGGGCCCUGGCUAACAGCGAGGCUAAUUCGGACAGGGAGCGCGCGGCUGCGCAGAGGACGCUGGACUUUGACAUCCACCGGAAGACUACGAGGCAGCAUUCGGAGGAGGAUGACCAAGGCGAAGACAGAGACAGGGGUGAUGUCAGCGAUGAUGCUACGAAGGCAUCGUUGGCGGCGAGUGGAAAGAGGGAGUAG